AUGGAAAAAUUAAAUAAUUUUGGAAUUUUUGUGAUUUUCAUGAUUUUUAAUGUGAGUUCUGCAUCACUUCCACAAAAUUUCACCUGUGAUGACUUACACAUGCUUUACAACAAAGCCAAGCAACUCGUGAAUGUUCGCUCACUUUAUGAUGACAUGCUGCAGGACAACUUUGUUACUAUGGAAGACAGAUCUUCAAAGCCAUCAAGCACGACUAAUGAAAAGUAUAGACCAAUAACUGGAUAUGGAAACAAUUUAAAAAAUCCAAAAACUGGAGAAAAAUUCACAUCAUACGGAAGAAUAUUAAAAGCAGCAUAUGAUGAUCAAGUCUACUCAAUUAGAAAGAGUGGCAGAGGAUAUGACUUACCUACAGCUCGAAAUAUCGUCAGAAAAUUAUUCUUAAAUGAUAAAAUUCAUUUGAACAAGUUUGAAGGACGGACACAAAUUCCAAACGUAUUUUUCCUAAUGUUUGGACAGAUGAUCAAGCAUGAUACUGGAUUGAGGCAGUUCAAUAAGAAUAUUGGUGGAGAUAAAAAUAUCAUCAGAUGCUGUGCAAAUUCCAACAAAAUCACACUUCCACCAUCACUCAUGCAUUCAUCAUGCAUCCCAAUUGUCGUCUCGAGAAGCGACACAUUCUAUAAUCCUCGCGAAAUUCGAUGCAUGGAUUUCAUCCGCUCUAAUAUCAUAUCAAAUAAUCCACAUAAAAUUGAGAUAGGUGAGCAAGUAAAUGCAGUCACAAGUUAUUUGGACCUUUCAGUUAUUUAUGGAUCGAGUCAUAAACAAAUGACGAUGGUUAGGAGCUUUAAUGGAGGUCGUUUGAAGAUGAAUCCUAGCAACGUGUUGCCAGUUGAAAAUGGAACAUUUUAUAGUGGAGAUGAUCGAGCUACACAAACGCAGUUCUUGACAGUUGUGCAUUCAUUAUUUAUAAGGAAUCAUAAUAACUUGUCAGAUAAAUUAGCAGGAAUGAAUCCAGACUGGAAUGAUGAAAAAUUAUUUCAAGAAGCACGGAAGUUGAAUAUUGCAAUUUAUCAGAAAAUUAUAUAUGAGGAAUGGCUGCCUAUUUUAUUAGGAAAGGAUAUGGUCAGACUAUUGGAAUUUACUGCUUACAAUGAACAUGCUGAUGCAUCAACACUCAAUGAGUUCUCAAAUUCCGUAUUUAGAGUUUUUCAUUCAUUCAUUCCAUCAGAAUUUGAGAUACGCGAUAAAAGUGAUAAUACCACAAAAAUUUCCGUAUCUGAUGCAUUAAACGCUGAGCCACUCAUGAAUUGCCUUGAAAGUAUUUUAAGAGGUAUUUUGCAUCAAAACAUCAGCUUGACGGGAUAUUCUGAUGAAAUUCUAAAUAAAUUGUUCAAAAAUUCCAACGACGUUGGAUUAGAUUUACUAUCGAUGGAUAUUUUAAGAGGUAGAGACCAUGGAAUUCCUGCAUAUUAUCGAUAUAGAAAAUUCUGCAACGUUAUGCCAUGGAAACUUGAAGUUUUUAAUGAUUUAGCUCCGCAUAUUUCAAAAACUGCAAUCAACAUGUUAAGGCAAACAUACAAGACAAUUUAUGAUAUUGACUUGCUAGUUGGUGGAGCUUUGGAGAUGAUUGAAAAUUCUAGCCAUAAAAAUAUUGAUGAUUUGCCUUUAAUCGGACCAACAUUCCAAUGUAUCAUGUAUGAACAAUUUUAUAGAUGGAAGGCUGGAGAUUAUUAUUUUUAUUCUCAUGAAGGGAGAUUCACUAAGGAUCAACUAAAAUCAAUCCGAGACUACAAACUUGCAAACUUGAUAUGCGAUAAUUCCGACAUUUUAUCAGUUUUAAAGGAUUCAUUUAUAUCUAGCGGGUUAAGCGUAGAUUGUCAAAGCUUACCAUCGAUUGAUUUAUCCUUUUGGAAAACUGAAGCAUGA